AUGCCUGAGCCAGCAAAAUCCGCCCCGAAGAAGGGGUCCAAGAAAGCCGUUACUAAGGCCCCUGGCAAGGGCGGCAAGAAAAGGAAAAAGGGUAGGAAGGAGAGUUAUGCCAUUUACGUGUACAAGGUGCUCAAGCAGGUGCACCCUGACACCGGCAUUUCAUCCAAGGCCAUGAGUAUCAUGAAUUCGUUCGUCAACGAUAUCUUCGAACGUAUCGCUUCCGAGGCGUCCCGUCUGGCGCAUUACAACAAGCGCUCCACCAUCACGUCCAGAGAGAUCCAGACCGCCGUGCGUCUCCUGCUACCGGGUGAGCUGGCUAAGCACGCCGUCUCCGAGGGCACCAAGGCUGUCACCAAGUACACCAGCUCCAAGUAA